AUGAAGUCCUUCACAUUUACCCUCUUUGCUUCCACAGCGCUCGCCGCCUGCCCCCCAGACUUCAUCAACGUCGUCUUCAACGGCGGUUCGACCCCGCAGCAAUUCACGCAAAUCCCCGGCGCCUCCAAUUGGAUCACCUUUGGCCUAGGCAGCAACCCCGGCCAGCUCCCCAUGAUGGCCUUCGCGUCCGACGUCGCGAACGCCGUGUCCCUCGUCAACGGCCCUAACCCCCCGCCCUACCUCCUCACCUUCAACGAGCCGGACUACUCCUACGCUGGCGUCACCCCCACCAUGACCCCGCAGCAAGCCUCCGACGCCAUCCAACCCCUCCUCGCCUCCCCGGGUACCGCCACCAAGUUCAUCGCUCCUGUCACCGCAGAUCCGACGUCGGACUGGCUGGACCAAUUCUUUGCCGCCUGCAACUGCCAGUCCUUCUUCCACGCAUACAACAUCCACUCGUACCACCCGGACCUGCCCACCACGGAGAGCAUCAUCACCACGUAUCACAACAAGUUCGCCGACAAGCCCUUGUGGAUCACCGAGAUCGCACCGGGCGGGGCGUCCCCGGCGUGUUCCAUCGACUGGCCGACGGCCACUAGCUUCAUGCAGGGGAUUUACCAGUGGGCCGCGCAGCAGGGGUGGAUCGAGCGCGUGUUCUGGAACUCUGGCAAUGAGAUCCCGAACGAUACCAACGUUUGCAACAGCUAUUUGUUGGAUUCGAACAGCCAGCCGAGCCCGUUGUUGGCGCCUUUUGACGCGUUGACUUGCUAA